CGGCUGAUCUUUGGCUUUGCUAGUCAGACAACAGCAGACGACACAACACCACAAUGCUAAAUGUGCGCAGCGUCCUGGUGACGGGAUCCAACCGGGGCAUUGGCUUGGAGCUGGUCCGGCAACUGGUGGGGAAGAGCAAGGGGCCAGAAUGGGUCUUUGCCACCUGCCGGGACCCAGAGGGACCACGUGCCCAGGACUUGAAGAACUUGGCUGCCAAAUAUCGGGGUGUCAGAAUCCUCCCCAUGGAUACUAGUGAUCCAUCCAGCAUCCAGGCUGCUGCAACCAGAGUCACCGAACACCUGCAAGGAGCCGGGCUGAAUCUCCUAAUCAACAAUGCUGCGAUUCUAAGGCCAAGCACUCUCGAAUCCGAGACGUCAGAAGUCAUGGCUGAGGUGUACAAAACCAAUGUGAUCGGGCCCAUGCUGGUGAGCCAGGCAUUCUGGCCCUUGCUGAGGAAGGCGUCCCAGGAAAGCUCCCAGAAAGGGAUGAGCUGUAGCAAAGCCGCCAUUGUCAACGUGUCCAGUGAAGGAGGCUCCAUCGCUACUGUCUACAGAUGGGAUCUUGGGCAUUUCAUUAAUUACCGCUGCAGCAAGGCUGCUCUGAACAUGCUCACCCGGUGCCAGUUCCUGGGAUAUGCAGAAGACGGGAUCCUGUGUGUUGCAUUACACCCUGGAUGGGUGCAAACAGACAUGGGAAGCUCAGCGGGACAAGCCCCACUGACGGUGGAUGCAAGCGUGGGAGCCGCCCUGAACACCCUCGGCCGUCUCACUGAGAAAGACAACGGCACGUUUGUGAACUGGGAGGGGGCAGCCGUGCCUUGGUGAGACCCCAACCUCCCUCCAUUUGAAGAAGAAACAUCUUUCAUGCCAGGAGGAUUCAGGAUGCAAAUGCAUGACUUCCUGUGUCUUCAUCUACAAUAAAUUCACCAUAACUUACUGAAAUUUACCAUAAGUUUUCCUUCCAUGCUGAGACUUGGGUGCAAACUAGCACCUUUUAUUUUGUGUGCAUGUGUUUCUCCCAU